AUGGUGACCACCGUUCCUGCAAAAGAAAUUGACGAGCUCGCCGCGGGCAUCCGGAGUAUCAUGGUUGAGCCUGAGAUUCUGAUCUCCCUCCACGACGGCGACCUCAUGGCACGCCCCAUCAUCAAUCCAACCAGUAGAGCCCCUGCCAUCUCGGUACCGCUCGACGCACUUCCGAGCUACUGUUCAAAUGGAACCUUCGUCUUCGAGGAACCCAAGGCUCUCGAGGCAUACUUCGGCAACACUGGACCGACUCGUGCAACUGCUACCAAGCUCCGACUGGUUCCCUUGCAUCACUUUGUCAACAAUCCCUUCCCUUUUGUGAGCCUUGAUUUGUUGUCCUGGUCAGGAUGGAAUUCUGACUCUCCCGACCAGCCGGGCGAGAUAUGCAAGUUCCUUGAUCAUGCGUUAAUUCCCCACGACUUCGUUAUCUCCGCCAAGGGCCAGGUAUUCAUUGACAUCGUCGACGGUUGGAGGGCUGCUUCUCGGGCUGCUCCACAUGGACACGAAGUGGAGGAGAUCACUUUUGAUCUCUUCGGAUCCGGUAGGCUCUGCCCGAGCUACAUCUCUCGCUUAUUGCAGCAUGUGAGCACUGUUCUUGCUGUCAAGGCCAGGGGCCCAUUCCACAGUCGACUUUGUGAUGAUGAAUCCUACCAUUUCAAGCAGGAUGUGGUGGGAUCACUGACUCACAAUCGGCUUUACAUGCAGCUGCAGAUGCAGCAGUACAUGCUUCGAUUUUUCAGCGUCCACGCUAGCACUAAGAUGGAAGGUGUCGUCCCUGGCGGCUAG